AUGACAGAAUACGAUGAGGAUGAUGAUAUAGGAAAUAAGCUUUUGGAUGAAGCAGAUGGGGUUGAGAAUUACGCUGAAUUCAUCAGGCUAACAGCAAACUGCUAUAAGGAAGAAGAGGAAGCGGAAGAUGAGGAUCCUAGAAAAGCUGAAGUUACACCACUAUAUGUUGGGAUGGAAUGGGGUUCUUUUACAGAGUGCAGAGAGUAUUUAAGAGACUAUGGCUCAAGAAAGAUUCUGGGAUAUGUAAGAGACAACCCUGACUGCAAGCCUAAAGCUAUAAGGAGAAGAGUUAAGAGGAAGUAUAAGGUGAAUAUUUCAUAUUGGACAGCUUGGCAUGCUAGGUGGAGGUGUUUGGAGAUGAUAUUGGGAAGCUUUGAAGAUUCUUACGCUAAAGUUCCUGAUUUGUGUGAGCAAAUAAAGAAGGACAAUCCUGGUAGCAUUGCUGCAUUCAGUAGAGAUAGUAGAACAAAGCAGUUCACAGGCUUGUGUGUGGCUUACAAUGCUAGUCUAGAAGGCUUUAAAGAUGCUAGACCAAUGAUUGGUUUAGAUGCUUACCACAGUAAUGGCAAAUAUGGCGGGGUGAUUAUGAGUGAUACAGCUUUGGAUGGUAACGGUGGGUUAUUCCCCCUUGCAGUCUACUUCACAAGGUUAGAGUGUAAAGAGACUUGGAAUGCGUUUUUGGAGAUCAUUGCACCUAGUUUGCACCUCCACGACAAGCCUUUGACCUUCAUUAGUGAUAAACAAAAAGGUAUAGAGUAUGGUGUUCAAAGACAGUUUGGUUAUGUCAAUCAUUUUCACAGGCUCUGUUUUAGACAUCACUACAAGAACAUGAAGAUGAAGCAUCCCGGACCUGAGAUAGAGAAGCUUGCUUGGAAAGCAGCCAAGUCCUACAAUGAAAUUGAUUAUAAUCAAGCAAUGAAGGAUCUAGGUGAAACAAAGAUGCAAGCAAGAGAAUAG